ACGCGCGGGGGGGGCGUCUAUGGAGAGCCCCUCGCCCUCCUGAGGUGACAGGGGAGGCGCGCUCGCAGCCGCCGCCGCGACGGACUGCCUGAGCUGAGCAGCUCCCUUUGCUGAUGAUGUCACGGGCAGGGUUGUUCCGCAGCUGACUCCCGAAGACCCCGGCGGAAGCUGGAGAGAUCAGCCAGCCAGCCAGCCGCCCGCGGGCGGUGCAGCCCCUCCAUUCCCUCCUGCCCGGUGGGCACGUUGAGACUUGCAGCUAGUCUUUGCAUUCAGCCUCUCGGUUCUGAGGGUGCACAAGGGCUCCUGUUUCUCUCCCGCCCUCCUUUGACCUUAGAGGCUGUGCGAUCCGCGGAGGGGCGGGCAGCAGCCGUCGGCGCACCCUGCAGCCCCUCCUGGGCGGAGCUCGCCUUUUCGCUCUUCAGAGAGCCGCCGGCACCCGCCUGCCGCUUGCCAGGGAGCGGAGCUGGGACUGAGGCGCAUGGAGAUCGCGGCAACGUCUUGACCGUCGACUGCCCCGCGGAGCGCCUGCUUCGCCAUGAGCUUCCCUCGGCCCUUGCGCCGAUCCGUGAGCCUGAGCCCGGCUCGGACCCUCAGGCUGGUUGUGCUGGGACAGGGCGCCGUGGGCAAAACAGCUUUGACAGUGAGAUUCAUCACCAAGCGAUUUAUUGGUGAUUAUGACCCUACUCUAGAAAUGAUUUAUAGGCACACAGCUGUCAUCGAUGGAGAGAUGGUGCAUUUUGAAAUUCUUGAUACAGCAGGACAGGAGGAGGACUCUCUACAUAUUGAAGAGAAGAUUAAGUGGGGAGAUGGCUUUGCUGUGGUUUACUCUGUCACUGACAGGUGUAGCUUCGACGAGGUCAUGAGGCUCUGUUUCCUCAUUAACCACAUCCAUUCCAGCCCAAAGCGGAGCAGUGCAAGUGGAGAGCCACCAGUUGUGAUUGUUGGAAACAAGAAGGACCUGCAGUUUGACCGAAUGGUGUCCCUUGAGGAUGGGGAGAACCUCUCCAAGGCCCUGAAGCAUCCUUUCUAUGAGAUCUCUACCAGGGACAGCUACGAGGAGACUGUGAUGGUUUUCAACACCUUGUACAAUGAGCUGAUGAAGCAAGGGCAUUUUUCCCCAGGAUCGUUCAAGAGGCGAGCAGCAUCUAAAUUAAUGGAGAAAAUCCCAAAGAUUCAUGCCAACUCAACUCUGACCUCAGGUGGCAGGAGCCUGAGCUUCAACUCCUUCAGGGACUACAUCCCAGAGUGAACUUUUGCAUUGUGGAGUGAUGGAUGAUGUACACAGGGACCAGCUGGCCUUGGUAAGGGAGAAGUUGCAAAGCUGGUAACAGGACAAGUCCAGAGGCCUGUGCACUGUUAGAAAAGGUUAUUUUUCCACAACCACCUUUUCAACCAGGAAGGUUAGAGGAUGAUCCUGGGGUUAUGGGGUACAGCAGUACAUAAGACCAGCCGUACUUGGUCAGACCAAAGGCCAUCUAGUCCAGUAUCCGGCUUUGCACAGGGGCCAGCUAAAUGUUUCUGGGAAGCUCACCAGAGGACAUGAAGGUAGUUUUCUCCCUAGCAAUUGGUAUUCAGAGUUAUUCUGCCUCGGGAGCUGGAAGUUCCAUUUAGCCAUCAUGACUAAUAGCCACUGACAGAAAAAUAGCCAAGUUUGCUGAUGACACUAAAUUGUUCAGGGUUGUUAAAACAAAAAGGGAUUGCGAAGAGCUCCAAAAAGACCUCUCCAAACUGAGUGAAUGGGCAGAAAAAUGGCAAAUGCAAUUCAAUAUAAACAAGUGUAAAAUUAUGCAUAUUGGAGCAAAAAAUCUGAAUUUCACAUAUACGCUCAUGGGGUCUGAACUGGCGGUGACCGACCAGGAGAGAGACCUCGGGGUUGUAGUGGACAGCACGAUGAAAAUGUCGACCCAGUGUGCGGCAGCUGUGAAAAAGGCAAAUUCCAUGCUAGCGAUAAUUAGGAAAGGUAUUGAAAAUAAAACAGCCGAUAUCAUAAUGCCGUUGUAUAAAUCUAUGGUGCGGCCGCAUUUGGAAUACUGUGUACAGUUCUGGUCGCCUCAUCUCAAAAAGGAUAUCAUAGAGUUGGAAAAGGUUCAGAACAGGGCAACCAGAAUGAUCAAGGGGAUGGAGCGACUCCCAUACGAGGAAAGGUUGCAGCAUUUGGGGCUUUUUAGUUUAGAGAAAAGGCGGGUCAGAGGAGACAUGAUAGAAGUGUAUAAAAUUAUGCAUGGCAUUGAGAAAGUGGAUAGAGAAAAGUUCUUCUCCCUCUCUCAUAAUACUAGAACUCGUGGACAUUCAAAGAAGCUGAAUGUUGGAAGAUUCAGGACAGACAAAAGGAAGUACUUCUUUACUCAGCACAUAGUUAAACUAUGGAAUUUGCUCCCACAAGAUGCAGUAAUGGCCACCAGCUUGGAUGGCUUUAAAAGAAGAUUAGACAAAUUCAUGGAGGACAGGGCUAUCAAUGGCUACUAGCUGUGAUGGCUAUGCUGUGCCACCCUAGUCAGAGGCAACAUGCUUCUGAAAACCAGUUGCUGGAAGCCUCAGGAGGGGAGAGUGUCCUUGCACUCAGGUCCUGCUUGCGGGCUUCCCCCAGGCACCUGGUUGGCCACUGUGAGAACAGGAUGCUGGACUAGAUGGGCCACUGGCCUGAUCCAGCAGGCCCUUCUCAUGUUCUUAUGUUCUUAUGUUCUUAUCCCCUGUGAAUUUGUCACUGCCUGUUUGAAAGCCGUCUUAGCUGGUUGCCAUCGCCACAUCUUGUGGCAAUAACUUCUGUAGAUAAGGCUGAUGCAUCCCAUUUUCUCCUUUUAGAGAUUAGUCUUCUAAAUCCUGGGUGGAAGGGCAGCUGUGAAUGGUCAUUUGGUUAUGUGAUCUGUUUAUUCUCCCUUUGGGCCCAAGAAAGCGAGGAAAACUAGAUGUCCUUGGAAGGUUGAACUCAAUUCGCUCCACAACAGCGCAGUCCUGUUGAGUAUUAACAUCUCUUGGAAGGAGGGGUGGGCUCUACAAUGAGCAGCUUAAAAAGGCUGAUUAAGUUGCAUUCUCAUCUUUCUGGUUCUUGCUAGUAUGUUGCUGCUUUACGCAACUAACCUUUUCUGUAUGGGAUCAAGCCCACCGCCUCCACCAGUUUUGGAUACAAUACAGUUUGGAUAAGUACUAGAGCACAUUGGAAAUGGUUGAUUAAAGAGUUUGGGUAGAAGGGAGUGCUCUUUACACCGAGUGACAGUGCCAUGCGACGUCAUAGCAGGAGGGAGGCAAUGAAUUCAGAGAAUAGGGUUCGCAGAAUCAUAGAGCUUUAGGCUGCAAAACGAUGCACACUUUCCUGGGAGUAAGGCCCAUCGAACACAGUGGGACUGCUGGGUGAACAUGCAUAGGAUUGCACUGUUAGUGACCACAAGCCCUGCCAUAAGAUAGCUCCCACCACCAGUCUUCUUCCUGUGUAAUUGGGAUAAUCAAGAUUCAUGUAAUUGAUUUUUUUUUCUUGGUGUGCAGAUGUCACUAAUAAGGUCCCUCCUCACUUCCAGCAGAUUUCUCUUAGCGUAGGAACACAGGAAGCCGCUUUAAAACAUCGGUCAAGCUAGCCCAGCACUGUUUGUUCUAACUGGCAGCAAACGCUCCAGUAUCCGCUUUAUCCAUCAUUUCCUGCCCUUUAUUAACUGGAGAAGCUGGGAUCGAACCCGGAACCUCCUGCACACAAAGCAUAUGCUCCGCCGCUGAGUUAUGGUCCUUCCCUGGCUUGUUUAUCUCUUCCUCUUCUAAGGCUUCAUCCACCAUCAUACUCAUAAUACUUUUCAAAAGCUUGUAGGCACUUGCUGUUCUGGAAGGACAGAUGACUGACUCAUCAGCUCAGCUUGUUCUGCAAAGGCUUCCAUGCUGCUGCUCCAAACUGGAACGCAGCACCCUGCUUGCCACCCAUUUCCUUUACCAAGCGGUUUGCAUGGCUUCUGUGUGGGCAACUCAAAGAAGCUCCCUGUGCCUCAAACAUGCAGAUAUUUCAGAUGCACCUUGAGGGAUGCUCCAUAUGUCCGAAAAUAAUAAACAUGGCUGUGUGUUUCUCUGGCUGUUGAUCAAAACCCAAUGGCCAAGUUUUCCUUAUUUUCUGAUAUUAAAAGGAACUGUCUACCCAACCAGCCUCAGAAGAUGCAGCCUCAUCUUGAAAUCCACUUGACUCUCAGGUCAGAGCUAGGCAUUUUUUAAAUUCUUCUUGCCUUGAAGCUGUGUGAGUUCAUAAUUUUUGAAUUGUAAAAUGAUAUGCUCUUCUGCUUUUGACUAAAAGCUGUACACUGGCAGGAGGAAUGUGCGGAUCAUACAAGAAAUAGAAUCUGUCUAUAUCAGGGGUGGAGGGAAGUAUAGCUACAGGUACAAAUAUGUCGAGGUCAGAACUAGAUGCUACUGGAGACGUAUAACUGCCUUCAAGAUCUCCUCUUUCUCUAGUAAUAUCUAGGAAAACAAAAUGCACAAUAUCAUACUGUGUGUUUCUCUGUCUCUGCUUCAUUGGCUGCUACUUGUGACAACAUGGGAACAGAGUGUAAUACCAUCAGAUCAAGUAUGUUGUUUGAUUAAGGGAAGGCACAGAGGUCUGCUUUUGGCUGUAGGUGUAAGAUUCCUGUAAUUUCUAGUUUCAGCCUGUGAGUGGAGGACUCCUGCAUUUGUAGGUAUUUUUCAGUUUCUGUCUGGAACUCUUCAUGCCAACUCAUGCUAAACAUGACACAGAUGUUAUCCAGUAGCAUAUGUGGGUAAAUGUUAAUAAAAUAAGUCAACAUGGAUUAUUGCCAUUUGAUUUUUUUUUAACUAGUAUUUUAUUUGCCUAGGUAGAGAGUUUAUAAAGUGACAGAAGUGUGGACUAUAACCAAGUACUCUCCAAAGAGCAUUUGCAAGGAUGAGUGAUAAUUUUAAGCUGUAUUAAUGUUUGGAAAGAAUUAUACCAUAGUGGCAUGGAUGACAGAGCUCUGGGCAAAUAAGAGGCACACCCUAAGGUAUGGUAGUAGUGGCCGCUUUUCCUAUCAAAUGCAGGCAAUGGCUGGGCAAAUCACAUGGCACCCACCCAUGGGGACCACUCUGUAGUCCCUUGCGUCUGCAAUGCAGUUCCAGAGACCUGCAGUGCCAGCUUACAUGAUAGCAACUGCAUGGCUGCUCGGAGCCAUGACGGCAGGUGUUCUGUGCUUCCACAUUUAGCACUAAAGUGCUAAGAUGGCAGAGAAACUUCCCAUGCCAUCAAGCUCAUAAAGGAACAAAUGAGGAUAAGGAAUUGAUGCUUUUAUUGUCGGGUCUGGGAGCUAAUGGUUGGUAGUGAUGAAACCCUGGGCUGGAUCCAGAGAAAGUUGUUCACACUUCAGUCCUAUUGAAAUCAGCGUGAAAAAGUAGACAUGACUGACAUACUUGUACCAGGAGCUAAAUGCAAAUAACUUGAUCUGGAUCCAGCUCCUUGUGUCUUGUCUUUUCACUUACCUAUGUAGGAUGAAUCUGCAAAAAAUAAGCUGUACUGUCAUCAAUGGACCGGGCCACUGCUUUAGCCACUAGCCCCCAUUCCCAUGGCACUAGCUUCAGGCCAUAGACACUAGCUUUUCCCUAUACUUAACUAAGAAAUAGACUUUGAUGGCUGGCCUUCUCCAAAUGUGGAAGAUCAAACAGGUUUCAUGUUUGAAACAUGGAAGUACGAGUAAAACCAGGAUGCCACUCCAUCAGAUAGCAGCUUGCUGUGUUCUUGGUGGGAUCCUUUAGCACACAACCAGGAGUGUGGGGAAGUGGCCUGGUAAAAGGCAGAUGUUUUCCCAUUCAGGAUAUCCCUCUGGUAACUACAUGAAGCCAGUUGUGUGGAUUGCAUGGCCCACAGUGGUCAUGAUCUGCCAAGUGAACUAUUGGUGUGUGCCCAGUGCCCAGAAUUAGAGCCAUCUGGAUAUGCCUUCUGUCACCAUUUUAUAUAAGAUGCCCCUAGAGUGAGAGUAGCCGAUGUGGUGCCCACUAGAUAUUAUGGAAUAUAACUCCCAUCAGGCCCUCAGCAGUGUCAGUGGUCAGUCAGAGAUUAUGGGAGUCAUAGUCCAGAACACUGAAGGGACACCAAUUUGGCUAUCCCUAUCCUAGGGCUUUCUCAGUGGUACCAAUCAACUCCGGUGUCUUAUUUCAAAGGCGGACAUUGUGAACCCAUUUACAACAGAACUCCUUUCUUUCAUUUUUAUCCAAGAUUAUUAAAAUAACCCUUUCUUAGAUUUAUCUUGCGGCAUUUUCAGCUCAAUAGCAGCCACCUGUGUUAGGAGGUUGACUCUCUAACCCUAGCCCAUUUCUAAAUCCUAAGUCAACAAUGUUCCACUGUGCACCCUGCAGCUAUCUCAAGAGAAUGGGUAAGGGUGAGAUAAACAUCUCUUCAAAGGGAACCCUUUAAAAAGCCACAGUCAUAAAUCCAGGGCUAUGUUUAAAACAAAACAAAGGUUUAAAACUCUCUCUUCUCUUGGGAUGCCUGAUUUAAAAGAAUAAAAAUAAAGGAAAGGCUAACAUUUCAGUUUUUCUCAUUGAAGUAGCCUAAAAGCUAUGGGCAUAUCAGAACUAUUUGGCAGAUAGACUUUUAAGGUCGUUUGUUUGUCUCUCAGGGGGGAUUCUACCUAUUUUAGAUGAAAUUUCUAAGAAGCAAAUUCUAAUUUAGAGUCCAUAUCCAAUUCUACACAGGGAGGAUGUUAACUGGAAGAUUUCUUUCUAUUUGCUGACAUAGACAGGAUUCAAAAUUGUUUGCAUGUGUCUUCAGUACAUUUUCCUGUUGAAGAGGCCAGGAAAGCUAAUCCCCAUGAAUCCCUUUGUUGUUUUACACAAUCAUAUUACAGCAGCUGGAAAGUACAUAGGAUUCCUCCUGAUACCUUCUAUGAUUAAUGGAUUCUGCUGAACCUGUCAUAGACCAAACACUCACUGGGAAUUAUAAAAUGUAUUUGCAGGGGAAUCUAGACUGGAUUUUCUAUAGGAGGUGGCAAUGAUUCACAUGUUAUAAAAAUUGAACUCUUCCUGCUCUUCACGGCCACUUACACUACCUUCAUCCAGGUGUAUAACCAACCUCUCAUGGCCACAAAAAUCUCGCAUCACCACCAGUCACUGAAAACAGUAGCUACUGUAGUUUUCACAAAAUAUACAGUAUUUCUUAUGAUGUAAUUUGCCAUAGUUAGUUGCCUAUCUGCUAUUUUCAGUAGACAAAUCUCACCGAAGACUGUUCUUCAUUUCUGGGUUGAUCUCAUUUCCAUUCGGCCUGUGCUGUAAUCUUGGGGAUGUAAAUAAUGAACUUUGUAUCAAUAAAUAACCAUAGUACUGACCAAUCUGAUACGUGAGAUUCAGCAGCAAUGGCAUCCACAGAAUAGCACUGCUAGGUAAAGGAAGUCUUUUUCCUUUUUAACUGAGGAGUCCAAAUGUAUGCCUCCUGUUCUAUUAAAUAACCCCCCACCAGUUGUGGAGGCAUUGUAAGGAACUGCUGCUUGCUAAAUAUACAUGCAAAAGAAGACCCAAAGAGAACCAAACCGUUCCUCAGUCCAGCCUAAAUUAGCCCCUUCCCCCAAAGUAUACACUGUCUACAAUUGUUGGUUCCACAGUUGGGGUCACUUCAGAAUGAUGCUUGUGGUGGGACACACACACUUCAUGUGCCCUCAUUGCCACUCCUUCCUCACUUGCCCAGAGAGUUGGAGUGGGCAAGCGAGAGAACCAGCUGUGUGGAAAAGUAGGCGGAACAGCAUUCAUUGCCACUUUGGGAGAGGGCAUUUGUGCGAGUGGCAGCAGCUGCUGUUCCUUACCCUACAGCCGCUAGUCCAACUGGGUGGGUGAGGGGAUGAGCAAAUUGAGAGCCACAAGGAGCAGCUACAGAGGUCUCUGGGGGAUGGCGGUCCCUUGUAGGGCAUUGGGCCCUCAGCAUCUGCUCAAGAAUACUGGGUACCAGAUAGAAAUCUCUCUGUCUUUUAAAAUGGAAAUGCAAUUCUUUGAAGUACUUUGGAGUAUUUUAAAUAUACAUACUCUCUUUUUGUAACUUGCACUGCACAUGCAAAACUGGUGCCAGAAAUCUUAGUGGUUUG